UCGUUGGUGCCGUGUGCAGAUGAAGCGUUUAAAUACAACCAAGAAAAUACCAACAACGCAUUCUUCUUUCGUGACCGCGAAGGGAGCAGCAUCAUGUGGAAGGUAAUUCUCGUCGCCCUGUUCGCUUUCGCGACAGCCGAAAAGGUCAGAUAUGAUAACUACAAGGUGUUUCGUGUGAUUCCUCGUACGGAAGAGGAAGUACAAACUGUACGCGACUUGGAUACCGUAUCUGACUCGUACUCCUUCUGGAGGGAACCAAACGCCGCUGAUGGCUCUGCCGACGUGAUGGUGGCGCCCCACAAGGUCCCAGAGUUCACCGAGAUGAUGGAGAAUUUGGGAAUCACGUACGAGAUCUUCGUCCCUAACGUUCAAAGCUUGAUCGACAACGAAAAGUCAGAAGUGGAGACCCAGGCUGGGUUCGAUCUGAACAACUACCACAAUCUCGAUGAGAUCUACUCUUACCUGGACAGUUUGGCCAAGGCACACCCAGGCAAAGUCCAAGUGAUCGUAGGUGGAAAGACGUACGAGGGUCGUCAGAUCAAGGGAGUGAAGCUGUCGUUCGGCAGCAACAAGCCUGGAGUCGUAAUCGAGGCUGGAAUACACGCUAGGGAAUGGAUCGGACCUGCCGCCAUGCUCUACAUGAUCAACGAGAUGCUGAACAGCAAACAAGCCGACGUUCGAUCGCUCGCAGAGUCCCAUGACUGGUACAUCUUCCCCGUCACGAAUCCCGAUGGCUACGUCUACACACACACCAACAACCGUAUGUGGAGGAAGACCCGCAAACCUUACGGAGUUCUUUGCUCCGGCGCUGACCCUAACAGGAACUGGGGCUACAAAUGGAUGGAAGGUGGUUCCAGCAACAACCCGUGCGCAGAUACCUACGCCGGAAGCUCAGCUUUCUCCGACGUUGAAACAAAAUCCUUCUCAGACUACCUCCGAUCGAUUUCCAGCAAAUUCUCCACUUACCUCGCUUUCCACAGUUACUCUCAGCUUCUGAUGUUCCCCUACGGACACACCAAGCAGCAUUUGGAAAAUUACGACGACUCUUUAAAAAUUGGCACCAAGACUAUUCAGGCUUUGGCAACACGAUACGGAACGCAGUACAAGACUGGAAAUAUUGCUGAAACGAUUUACGUCGCCAGCGGAAGUUCAAUGGACUGGGUAAAGGGAACCUUUCACACGCCUGUCACUUUUACCUACGAGUUGCGCGAUACUGGUCGUUAUGGUUUCUUGCUGCCAGCUAACCAAAUUGCGCCCACUGCCCUGGAAACUCUCGACUCUUUGGUCGGUUUGUUCAAAGAAGCGAAAGCAAGCGGUUACAAUUAAAGAUACGUCGAAUAAAUGGAUUAUUCAAACGAACGGAAUAAACGCAUAAAAUAUUUAAUGCGACGAUAAAUAUAUGUAUGUAUCUAUCAUUUCAUUAGAGCAAUAAAAUUUCCUC